CCUACCUGUACGGGUCAAGCAGAUUGUUUUAUUUUCGUUUCUUGGCACCGCGCAAGUACCUUAUGUGCGUGCUUUGAUCAUCCUUGGCGACAAUCAUGUAUUCAGACGAGGAUGGUAUGGCCUCGAAAGAGAGUCAGAGCCAGUAUAACAUUCGUAUCCGCAUGUUAAUCUCUCUCACUACGCUGCUCUCGUGGCUGGACCUAAGUACUGCAGUUGCGAACGGCAAUUACGCGCGAGAAAAUGUACAAUUCGGCUUCUCUUUCACGCAACUGCACUGGUCUACCGGGAGCACAACCUUGGCUUGCUGUCAUUACAUGGACUGUAUCUUCAAUUGAAAAAGGAUCCUGUUGAAACCUACGCUGCUGGGCUUCGUGGGUCGGCAUUAUCUGCUGUUAUCGUCUUCUCUGAGGCUUUUAUGUCAUGGUUAAGUAAUGAGACGCCUGUAUCACUUAAAUUAUCAAGAGCUUUGCCGCUUUAUCUCGCUGUUUGAUUGGUGGCCAUUCAAUUCCUCUUUCCUCGUCGCCCAGCUGUUUUCACAUCCGAGGGAAAGGCCGUCGAUCAUGAGAACAGCGCUUCAGCUUUCCAAAAAUAUUCGAUGCAAUGGUGUACGACAGCCCUCGAUAUUGCCGGGAACCAUGUUCCGCUCGACGAACUUCCUGCCCUAGUCUUAUCUAGUAGAUCGAAGAGCCAGCCGCUGAUUACCAUUGACUCCUCUUCAAAGACAAGCUUGUGGAAUCAUAUCCUCAUGGAACGAUCUUUUGAACUCGUGAAGCACUGGGCUUUGAUGCUUUCGCGAUCUGUAUUUACUUCCUGUCCGCCAUACUGUGCUAUGAAAUUGCUGAAAGCACUUGAAGAUAACUUACAUUCAAAGCAUGAUGCGUGGGUCUGGCUAAUCGGCAUCGCUUUGUUCUCUACAUGUCAAACAAUUCUUAACUAUCAUAUAAUCUGGAUCCAGUGGUCAGAAAUGGUCAUUCUAGUUCGAGCACAAUUGAUUAUGGCAUUGUUCCACAAGACUUUGAGAGUCAAGGACUCGAAGACCA